CCCAGGGUCCCAGGGUCCCAGGGUCCUAGGGAGCGGCGCGAGUGGCCAGGGAAGUUGUCUGUCCCGGGAGACCCUAUCCUUCGGGAAAUCGUGGCCAGAGGUCCCCUCCAUGCUCUUCAGAGAGCCCCAUGGGACUGAGUCUUGGGCGAGAUCAAUCAGACUAAAGAUCCCGAAGAGAAAGGAGAGACAGCUCUAAGUGUAUUUUGUCCCCCUUUGUUUCAUCUAUUUCUUUCUCCCUCGACUCUAUACGACGACCUGCCACUUUUUCUAGUGGUCAUCUUGGAGAUUUUUAGAUCAACAAUUAGGCAAAUAAAGGAAGCUCAUGAUACAUAUUUUCAAAGUUCUUGAAAUUGGAAACUUCAAUUUAAAACAAAACAAAUUCAAAACAAAACAAAAAAACCUCUCUUGCCCAGUCUCUUCACAACGACUGCAGAUGUGUGAGUCUUUUGGAAGAAUAGUGCAGGCUAGUGAGGGAGUUAUGGUUGUUAAUUACUAUAACAUAGAUUUGUUUAGUGCUUUUUCAAAUCCUGUUUCAUUCGAGCUGCACAUCAACUAUGUGAAAUCGUCAGGAUAACCCACAUUUUACAGGCGAGGAGACUGAGGCUCCAGGAGAUGGAGAAAUUUGCCUAUCUCCGUAGAGUCUGAGAAGAUGCUGGCAUCCAGCUUCCCUUGCCCUGGGACCACUUCCCUAGCCCUAUGACAUGGGUUGGACCAGCUUUCUACCCCAUCAUCUCUCAUCUCUUCUAUGCACUCUCUGGAAUAGUUUCAUGUGUUGAGUGGAGACUUUUUCAGAGCUCUGAGGCAGGAGCUGUCUGUACAAUCCCCUGAGGUCAGAGGCAUUAAUGAGUCAGGGCAGGGCUGCAAGACCAUCCCGUGGCAGAGAAGUAAUGGACUCUCUCCGUGUCUCCUCAGCUCACAUUUUCUUUGAUUUCAUCUGAACAUCCAGUUCACUGUUGGAGAAUGUUUUAAAGUACACAUGUGGAUUGCAUUAUAUUUUGGGGAGCAGUGCCAUGUUCUGUGAUUUCAUGGAUGAUGGCUUCGUAUCAAGUGUAAAGGGAAAUCAGAGAUGAACCAUUUGUGGUAAGUCAUUAUAGGGAUCUGCAAACCACUUCCACAUGUGCUUGAGUGGGGCUGGCUUAGUCUUGGUGUGUGAGUGUGAAAAUGGCUGUCCUCUUAGGGAGGUAACAAAGUCACACUUGAGUGUGUGUGCUAAGGGAAGCCAGCUAAAGGAAGAGGGGAUUCAAGGUGAUGGAGCCAGAGCUAGUCUGAGAUACUUUGUGUCCCUUAGAUCGAGGUCAAGCAUCCUCUUGAGCAUUUGGUGAAAACUGUGGCCAUUCCCCCUGGAAAACAGACAUGUAUGCAUACAUAGCAUCUGGCAUAUCCUUUACAUAUGUGUCACAUAUAUUUGCAUAUGAUUUCAGCUACAGUCAUCAGGGAUCCUGCUGCUCUAGAGAUGGAUUGACUUAUGCUUUCAUUGAUCUAUUUCAGUGAUGUUUACCUUAACAGGUUGUAGACUGGUGGAGGAAAUCCAGAAGGUAGAGAAUCCGUCAGUCUCAUUUGCCUCUUCUUUCCCCCUUAUUCCUCUUCUCACAAGAGGCAAGAGCGUUCAGAGGAAACAAGCAGAGAGUAAAAGCCAGAUAAAGCUCCAUACUCAGAGUGCUCCCUUUGGACUGUGUCCCAAGGGCCUGAUGCUUACACAGGCUCCAAGCUCCAUCAUGAGGUCCAGGAACAGCAGGGACCACACCGUGAACUCUGGCGGAUCCUGCCUGAGUACCAGCACGGUGGCCAUCCCCGCCAUCAAUGACAGCAGUGCAGCCAUGAGUGCCUGCAGCACCAUCAGUGCCCGGCCUGCAAGCUCCGUGGACACUCAGAUGCACUCCCCAAAGAAGCAGGAGAGAGUGAAGAAGAGGGUCAUCUGGGGCAUUGAGGUGGCCGAGGAGCUGCACUGGAAAGGCUGGGAGCUAGGAAAGGAGACCACAAGGAGUCUGGUUCUGAAAAAUCGAUCCUUGAAACUCCAGAAGAUGAAGUACAGGCCCCCCAAGACCAAGUUCUUCUUCACAGUCAUCCCUCAGCCCAUCUUCCUGAGCCCAGGCAUAACCCUCACGCUCCCCAUUGUCUUCCGGCCUCUGGAGGCGAAGGAGUACGUGGACCAGCUGUGGUUUGAGAAAGCGGAGGGGAUGUUCUGUGUGGGCCUGCGGGCCACCCUGCCCUGCCACAGACUGAUCUGCCCGCCAUCCCUGCAGCUGCCCAUGUGUGCUGUGGGGGACACGACCGAGGCCUGGUUCUGCCUGGAUAAUGUGGGGGACCUGCCCACCUUCUUCACCUGGGAGUUCUCCAGCCCAUUCCAGAUACUGCCAACCAUGGGACUCCUGGAGCCAGGCCAGGCCUCUCAGAUCAAGGUGACCUUUCAGCCCCUUACAGCCGUCAUCCACGAGGUGCAGGCCACAUGCUGGUAUGGGGCGGGCAGCCGACAGAGGAGCAGCAUCCAGUUGCAGGCUGUGGCGAAGUGUGCCCAGCUGCUGGUGAGCAUAAAGCACAAGUGCCUGGAGGACCAGGAUGCCGAGGGCUUCCAGAAGCUGUUGUACUUCGGCUCUGUUGCUGUGGGCUGCACCUCGGAGAGGCAGAUCAGGCUACACAACCCGUCGGUGGUAAAUGCCCCCUUCAGGAUUGAAAUUUCCCCAGAAGAACUGGCUGAAGACCAGGCCUUCUCAUGCCCCAUGGCCCGUGGCGUUGUGCUCCCGGGAGAAAAGAAAUGCGUGUCAGUGUUCUUCCACCCCAAGACUCUGGACACCAAGACUGUGGACUACUUCUCCAUCAUGCCUUCUGGCUGUGCCUCCAAGACCCUGCUCAAAGUCGUUGGUUUCUGUAGAGUCCCUGCUGUGUCCCUGCAGCACUACUCUGUCAACUUCAGCUGCGUCAACCUUGGGGAGCGCUCUGAGCAGCCUCUGUGGAUUGAGAACCAGUCGGACUGCACGGCCUACUUCCAGUUUGCCAUCGACUGCCUGGAGAGUGUCUUUAGCAUCAGGCCUGCCUUCGGGACCCUGGUGGGCAAGGCCCACAUGACCCUGCGCUGUGCCUUCCAGCCCACUCACCCCAUCAUCUGCUUUCGGCGUGUGGCCUGUCUCAUCCACCACCAGGACCCACUGUUCCUGGACCUGAUGGGGACCUGCCACUCGGACAGCACCAAGCCAGCCAUCCUGAAGCCUCAGCACCUCACCUGGUACCGUAUACACCUGGCCCGGGGCCUGACGCUCUACCCCCCUGACAUCCUGGAUGCCAUGUUGAAGGAGAAGAAGCUGGUGCAGGACCAGAACGGGGCCCUCAUGAUUCCCAUCCAGGAUCUGGAGGACAUGCCGGCCCCGCAGUACCCUUAUAUCCCCCCCAUGACCGAGUUCUUCUUCGACGGCACCAGCGACAUGACCAUCUUCCCCCCACCCGUCAGUAUAGAGCCUGUCGAGGUAGACUUUGGUGCCUGCCCAGGGCCUGAGGCCCCCAACCCUAUACCCCUGUGCCUGAUGAACCACACCAAGGGCAAGAUCAUGGUGGUCUGGACACGGAGGUCUGACUGCCCCUUCUGGGUGACCCCAGAGACCUGUGACGUGCCCCCUCUCAAGUCCAUGGCCAUGCGCCUGCACUUCCAGCCGCCUCACCCCAACUGCCUUUACGCGGUGGAGCUCGAAGCCUUUGCCAUCUAUAAGGUCCUGCAGAACUACAGUAAUAUUGAGGAGGACUGUACCAUGUGCCCAUCCUGGUGCCUGACGGUGCGGGCGCAAGGCCACAGCUAUUUCUCUGGCUUUGAGCACCACAUCCCCCAGUAUUCCCUAGAUGUCCCCAAGCUGUUUCCAGCAGUGUCCUCCGGUGAGCCCACCUACCGCAGCCUGCUCCUGGUCAACAAAGACUGCAUGCUGCUGACCUUUAGCCUGGCCCCCCAGAGAGGCUCAGAUGUCAUCCUUCGGCCCACCUCGGGCCUUGUGGCACCCGGGGCCCACCAGAUCUUCCUCAUCUGCACCUACCCCAAGGGCAUCUCCUGGAAGCAGCACACUUUCUACCUGCAGUGCAAUGCUUCCCCCCAGUAUCUCAAGGAGGUGAGCAUGUACAGCCGGGAGGAGCCGCUGCAGCUGAAGCUGGACACCCACAAAAGCCUCUACUUCAAGCCCACCUGGGUGGGCUGCUCCUCCACCAGCCCCUUCACCUUCCGUAACCCCUCGCGUCUGCCCCUGCAGUUCGAGUGGAAGGUCUCUGAGCAGCACCGAAAGCUGCUGGCUGUCCAGCCCUCUAGGGGGCUAAUCCAGCCCAACGAGAGACUUACGCUGACGUGGACCUUCAGCCCUUUGGAGGAGACCAAGUACCUAUUCCAAGUAGGGAUGUGGGUCUGGGAAGCUGGCCUGUCGCCAAACACCAACCCCGCUGCCACCACCCACUACAUGCUCCGGCUGGUGGGCGUGGGGCUCACCAGCAGCCUCUCAGCAAAGGAAAAGCAGCUGGCCUUUGGGAAUGUGCUGGUGAACAGCAAGCAGUCCAGGUUCCUUGUCCUCCUGAAUGACGGCAACUGCACCCUCUAUUACCGCCUCUACCUGGAGCAGGGCAGCCCUGAGGCCGUUGACAACCACCCACUCGCUCUGCAGCUGGACCGAACAGAGGGGAGCAUGCCGCCCCGGUCCCAGGACACCAUCUGCCUGACUGCCUGUCCCAAGCACCAGUCCCAGUACUCCUGGACCAUCAGUUACUCUCUCCUUUCCCACAGAGAUAACAAGGCUGGGGAGAAGCAGGAGCUGUGUUGUGUCUCCCUGGUGGCCGUGUACCCCUUGCUUUCCAUCCUGGAUGUCAGCUCCAUGGGCAGUGCCGAGGGUAUCACCCGGAAGCACCUGUGGCGCCUCUUCUCUCUGGACCUACUUAACAGUUACUUGGAGCGUGACCCCACCCCCUGUGAGCUCACCUACAAGGUGCCCACCCGGCACAGCAUGAGCCAGAUCCCCCGCAUCCUCACCCCUUUAAGGCUUGACUUCAAUUUCGGGGCCGCACCAUUCAAGGCCCCACCUUCCGUGGUAUUCCUGGCCCUGAAGAACAACGGAGUGGUGCCCCUGGACUGGGCCUUCCUCUUUCCAAGUGACCAGCGGAUUGACGUGGAGCUCUGGGCAGAGCAAGCAGAGUUGAAUUCCACUGAGCUCCACCAGAUGCGCGUGCAGGACAAUUGCAUCUUCUCCAUCAGCCCCAAGGCUGGGAGCCUGAGUCCCGGGCAGGAGCAGAUGGUGGAGUUAAAAUACAGGUGUUCCCCACCUCCCAAGUCCCCUGCACUUCCAGUCAUAGAGACCCCUAUCCCUGGCCUUUCAUUGUGUGACUCCAGGGCACCCCAAAUGGCCAUUCCCUGGGAGGACCACCUUCUCGCCUGCAGGGGAGGUCUAGUUUCCUUCUUGCCCCAUCCCAACUCAAGGGCGAGUUGCUCCCAGGGGCUGGCCAGCUCAAAGCCACAGAAAUGUCAUGUCCAUUUGCUCUCUUUCUUGUACCAGGGCUCCAGAACUCACUCCCAGACUUUUCUUUCUAGCCACCUGUUCAUCGGUACUGAUCACCUCCCAGUGCUCUUCAAGGUGUCCCAUGGCCGGGAGAUCCUGGUGAGGCCCCAGAACCCUGGCCCUGCCCUGGUUUCAGGCUGGAGGACGGGGCUGGCUGGACAGGAGCAGGGAGCUGUGUUCUCCUGGGGAGUCCAAAUCUCCGCUGGCUGUGUCAGUUUCUCCUGGGGGAACUUUUAUUUCCAGCUAAAUUUCAUAGGUGUGACAGUGAAGCCGGAGCAGAAGUAUGUGCACUUCACCUCUACUACCCACCAGUUCAUUCCUGUUCCCAUUGGUGACACACUACCCCCACGGCAGAUUUAUGAGUUGUAUAAUGGUGGCUCAGUGCCUGUGACAUAUGAGGUCCAGACCGAUGUCCUGUCACAGGUUCAGGAAAAAAAUUUCGAUCACCCCAUCUUCUGCUGCCUCAACCCCAAAGGGGAGAUCCAGCCAGGUACCACUGCACGGGUCUUGUGGAUCUUCUCACCUAUCGAGGCCAAGACCUACAUGGUGGACGUGCCCAUACACAUUCUGGGAUGGAACUCAGCCCUCAUCCACUUCCAGGGAGUGGGCUACGACCCCCAUAUGAUGGGGGACACAGCCCCAUUCCACAACAUCUCCUCGUGGGACAACAGUUCCAUACACUCUAGGCUGGUGGUGCCUGGACAGAAUGUCUUCCUGUCCCAGUCUCAUAUUUCCCUGGGAAACAUCCCUGUGCAGAGCAAGUGCAGCCGCCUGCUCUUCCUCAACAACAUCUCCAACAACGAGGAAAUUGCCUUCUCCUGGCAGCCAAGUCCUCUAGAUUUUGGGGAGGUGUCCGUGAGUCCCAUGAUAGGGGUGGUGGCUCCUGAAGAGACAGUCCCAUUUGUGGUGACCUUGAGGGCCUCUGUACAUGCCAGCUUCUACAGUGUAGACCUGAUUUGCAAGCUGUACCCACAGCAGCUCAUGAGGCAGUAUCACGAGGAGCUGCAGGAGUGGAAGGAUGAGAAGGUGCGGCAGGAAGUGGAGUUUACCAUCACCGACAGGAAAGUGAAGAAGAGAACAUGCUGCACAGCCUGUGAACCUGUGAGGAAGUACAAGACGCUGCCUCCCAUCAAGAACCAGCAGUCUGUCAGCCGGCCUGCCAGCUGGAAACUGCAGACCCCAAAGGAGGAGAUGUCCUGGCCCUGCCCCCAGCCACCCUCUCCAGGCAUGCUCUGCCUGGGCCUUACCGCCCGAGCUCAUUCCACCGACUACUUUCUGGCUAACUUCUUCUCAGAGUUUCCCUGCCACUUUUUGCACCGGGAGCUGCCAAAGAGGAAGGCCCCCAGGGAAGAGUCAGAGACUUCCGAGGGGAAAUCCCCUAACAAGUGGGGCCCUGUCUCCAAGCAGAAGAAGCAGCUCCUGGUUGACAUUCUCACCACCAUCAUCAGGGGCCUGCUGGAAGACAAGAACUUCCAUGAGGCUGUGGACCAAAGCCUGGUGGAGCAGGUGCCGUACUUCUGCCAGUUCUGGAAUGAGCCAUCAGCUAAGUUCAGGGACCAGAAAAACAGCCUGUACUUAAUGCCAAUCCUGCCUCUACCCUCCAGCAGCUGGGAGGAUGGGAAGGGCAAGCAGCCGAAGGAAGACAGACCAGAGCACGAUCCAGGGUUGGGGAAGAAAGAAGAAGGGGAGGAGGAGGAGAAGGGUGAAGAGGAAGAAGAGGAGUUGGAGGAGGAAGAGGAGGAAGAAGAGGAGACAGAAGAGGAGGAGGAGUUGGGCAAGGAAGAGAUAGAGAAGGAGGAGGAGAGGGAUGAGAAGGAAGAGAAAGUGAGCUGGGCAGGGAUUAGGCCCACACCACAGCCUGAGUCCCAGGAGUCCAUUCGAUGGCAGUGGCAACAGCAGCUGAAAGUCAUGGUGAAGGAGGAGCAAGAACAGGACGAGAAGGAGGCCAUCAGAAGGCUCCCGGCCUUCACCAACCUGCAGGAGGCGCUGCUGGAGAACAUGAUCCAGAACAUCCUGGUGGAAGCGAGCCGCGGGGAGGUGGUGCUCACCUCGCGGCCACGCGUCAUCGCCCUGCCACCGCUCUGUGUGCCCAGGAUUCUGACCCCGGACACGCUGCUGCCGACGCAGCAAGCAGAGGUACUCCACCCGGUGAUGCCACUUCCUACCGACCUUCUGUAGAUGCCCGCGCCCAGCCUCUCCGACAUGCCGCCCUAGGUCAUGCCUGGCCCCCUCUCCGCCACCCCGCCAGUAAAAGCAUCUAGUCUUUUUUCUAUA